AUGAUUAUUCCAAUCCGCUGUUUUUCGUGCGGGAAGGUGACGGGCGACCUCUGGGAAAAGUUUGUGAAACUGAUUGAGGAGGAAGGGUUAAGCGACGGCGAUGCUCUCGAUCAACUCGAGUGCAAGCGGUACUGCUGCCGGCGCAUGGUCAUGACGCAUGUCGACCUGAUUGAGAAGCUUCUGAAGUACACUCCCGAUGGGCGAAACUACAAGAAGAUCGAGAUGCAGCAGCGCAACCAGGAGUAA